UGGGAAGGUUAGAAGGUUUGGGCCACCGAAGACUUAUCUACCCGCGAGGCCCUGCCAGUACAGGGAGCAUACACCCCCCUACUCUCUCCGUCAACACCAGCAUACACUCCGACAAUGGGCAAGCUUAUGCUUUGGGUUUAUCCUACCGUGGAGAGGUUGGCCUCUCGCGAGUUCCAGUUGAAGGACAUCCUUGAGGGCCGCACUCGUUCGCCCGUCGCUCUUUCCGACUUGAAAGGUUACACUCACCACGUCGAGCACUCCUCCGAAAACCUCCAAUUCUACCUCUGGUACCUCGACUACUGCCACCGCUUCGCGGCCCUCCCCAUCGAGCAGCAGUCUCUUGCGCCUGAAGUCGCCCAGAUGGGUCCCCCCAGUCCUGGUGUCGUCAAGGCUACGGGUGCCGGUUUGAGGCCCGAUUCUGCUACCACCCUCGCUGCCGGCGCGGAGAAGCGCGCCGGUCUCGUUGAGAGGAAGGGAAGCUUUGCCACGAGCUUGACCAAUACUACGAGUCCGAGCGAGUACUCCAGGACCUACAGCGAGAAGGAUGCGUUGAAGUCUCCCACCAACGGGUCCAUUCUUACGUCUCCAUCUUCCAUGCACUCUUCCUCCCCCAAGAGCUCCUACGAAGCCGACCCUCUUGCACGCCAACCCUUCCGCGUUGAAUGCAUCCGCAUCGCCAACACCUUCCUCUCCACCUCCGCAGACCCCUUCGGCCCUUCCAACGCGCUCGAACUCAACUUGCCCAACUCCUUGCGACAAAAGGUCUUGAGGGACUUGGAGUGGACCACCCACCCCAGCGUCUUCGCCGGUGUCGCCGGCCAUGUCUGGGAUUUGAUGCAAUCUGCCACUUACCCCAACUUUAUCCGCUACGCCUGCAGUAACGCCAACCGUCCCCGCCAACUUUUCGCCUUGACCCUCGCCAUCGCAUGUUUCUCCCUGGCACUCGCCAUAAUCCUCUGCACCACCCUCAUCGAGGGCAUCCCCCGCGCCUGGCGCCUUUUCUGCCUUCCCGCCGUCUUUUUGGGUGUUUUGUUGAUCGCGUUCAAGGGUGGAUGUAUCGUUCUCUUCUUGAACAGGAAUCGUCGCCAGUUGAAGCCGUAUGAGUUGUUUGUGGAUGAAGAUGAUAAGAUGGUUUCUGGGCAUCGCUCGCUUAGGGUCUUCGAGAAGGAGGCGAGGAUUGAGGAGUUGGGGGUUAGGAGGAUGAUGGAUACGUUGUUUGGGAGGGGGUGUUUGAUUGCGUUGGUUGUUACUGGGAUUAUCGCCGCUAUUGUGAUGCCGGUCCCUGCUCGUUGAUGACCAUCGGUCUCGGAGUGUGAAAUUGGAAGUGAAACCGGUUUGUUUUCUCGUAUCGUACGUGGGAAGGGUUCGACAAUGGA